AGAGAGGGAGAGAGAGAGAGGUGGAGUGAAUGAAGGAAAGAGAGGAAGACGAAGAGCGAAGACUGACCAACUCUACACAACCAGCACAACACCAGUGAACACAGGGAAGUCUGAUCUGCAGUGCUGACUGAGUCAGGCAUGAGUAAUCGCUCCAUCGCCUGGUGGCUCACCCAGAUCGGCCUUCCACAGUACACCACGGCCCUGGAGAGAGAGUAUUAUGGGCUGGAGGGUCUUUUCAUGGUCACUGAUGAGGAGUUGGAGGAGAAAGGCAUUGAAGAUGCCGAACACAGAACGACGAUCUUAAAUCAGCUCCAGAAACACCAGCAGAGACUAAACCCAUGCACAGGUGUUGCCGUGGUAUCGCUGAAGAGAGUGAGCAUGAAGUUCUCUCUGGGGUCGACUCUGGACAGAGCCAAGCCCACCAACCUCUUCCGGCAGAGCAUUGUCCCCCGUCUCCGUCGCCGUGACAACCACCGUCUCUCGUCCUGCUCCCAGCUUCCCACUGAUCCAGAGCCGGAUACAAUCAACCAGCGCAAACAGAGUAAGCGGAGGAGUGUUGGAGGACUCAUCACUCAGGUGUUUUCGGGUCAUAAGGAGAUGGACUCUUUGAAGAAGGAGCUGGAGGAGGAGCUUAAACUCAGUACUGAGGAUAUCAGGAGUCAUGCCUGGUACCACGGCCAGCUUCCCCGAGAGGACGUGGAGGAUCUUCUGCAGCGGGACGGUGAUUUCCUGGUGCGGGACUCGAUGUCCUGCAGUGGGGAUUAUGUCCUGAGCUGCAGGUGGAAGGAGCAGCCCAUGCACUUCAAGAUCAUCAAGAUCGUCCUGCGACCAAAACAGGGUUACUCUCGGGAGCUCUUCCAGUUUGAGAACGAUCAGUUUGAUAACAUUCCUGCACUGGUGCGUUUUCACGUUGGUGGGCGGCGGCCUAUAUCCCAAGCGUCCGGAGCCGUCAUCUUUCACCCAAUCACACGCAGCCUUCCUCUGCGGGUCAUCAGCGAGCGCCAGGCCGCCAAGGCAAAAGUUGAAAAGAAUAAGAGGCGGAGCUUAAGCUCUAACCACAUGGACACGCUACAGGUCAACAACCCUCUGCUGAGGACUGGCAGUCAGCCUGCUAAUCUGGAGACAGUGGGAAGACCUUCACUACAGUCAGCACAGUCUGACAGUAACCUGAGAACAGGUGUGUCCCAGAGCUGUCAGUCUCAGGACUGUAGCUCCGCCCCCAUGUCUCCCAUGUACCGGACAGGAAGUGACCCGUUACUCAGCCCCGGUUCCAUUCGCUCGUCUCGUGCCGCCCAGUCGCCUGCUGGGGGCGUCACCCUGCGAGGUUCUGACGGACAGCUGCACUCCAGAGCCCCGCCCAAACCCCUCAGAGUGUCAAUGCUGUUUCCUGGAGCCCCGCCCACAACUCCGCGGAUAGCGGUCGACCCCGCCUCCUUCUAUGAUGAGCUGGUGCCCCAGGUUCCGCCCUCCAUGCUUCCGAAGGGUCACGCGGCGCGACUGCGCGCCCAGGAGAAGUGGACCAGUCGCGCCCGCCUCACAGAGACCAGCUUCACCUUUCUAGAGGCUCAGCGGAUGGAGGAGGAGCGACAGAUGCUGGAGGAGGAGCCAAGAGUGAUUGACGGAGAGGGGGCGGAGCCAGACUGGAAGUUCGAGCGGCCACAGACCGAGACGACUUCCUGCUUUCGUCUCGAUGCCUUCAGGUCGCUGCUGCUGCCGGACAACAACCGUCCUCUAGAGCAGAGCGUCCUGCACUCCGUCAAAGAGCUGUUCACCCACACCGACGCCGCGGCAACCUCCCUGCACAUGCUCAGUGUGGACUGCCAGGUAGCUCGUGUAACAGGUGUGACGGCGGAGCAGAAGAGGAUCAUGGGAGUGGAUUCUGGGCUGGAGCUGAUCAUGCUGCCUCAUGGAAGCCAGCUGAGAAAAGACCUGCUGGACCGACAUCAGCUCAUAGUGUUGGGAAUAGCCGUGGAUAUUCUGGGAUGUACCGGUUCCGUUAAUCAGAGGGCGGCUGUUCUCCAUAAGGUGAUCCAGUUGGCCCAGGCCCUGAGGGACACCGCCCACGACCUGUACGCCUUCUCCGCUGUCAUGAAGGCUCUGGACCUUCCUCAGGUGGUGCGGUUGGAGAUGACGUGGCGAGUUUUGAGGAGGAAUCACACUGAGAGCGCGGUGAUGUUCGAGAAAACUCUGAAACCCUUGAUGAAGUCUCUGAACGAGGGAGAUGACUCGGUGGUGUCGGGACCCGUGGCUCUGCCGCACAUAGUGCCGAUACUGAGGCUGAUGGAAGGUGAGGACGCAGUGGAGACCUCAGAGAGAGGCUGCCAGCUCCUCUACAGCAUCCUGCAGUCCGCCCGCAACACCGCCGACCACGCCCACCUGCACCAGCAACACGCCCACACACUGCUAUCAGCUGGUUGGGAGCCAAUCCCGGAGCUGCUGGAGGCGUUCCGGACGGAGUUCGCUCUGCGGCUGUUCUGGGGUCAGGCCGGAGCCGAGGCGCCGAAAAAGGAACGCUACGAAAAGUUCGAGAAGAUCCUCACCGUUCUCUCCAACAAACUGGAACCAGCUCAGACCACUGAAGUCUGAUCUACAGAACCUUCAUGAGAACCCACUAUAGAGUUUCCCUCCACAGAACAGUGGAAUAAAAGCAGACGUUUGGACGUUUUGAUGGAUGUUUUACAUUUAGAUCCUUCAACUACAGACGCAGCUCCUCGUCACUGAAAGGCGUCAGGUAAUAUGUUAGCUAACUAGCUAACCUAGCUAACCCAGCUAUAGUAACUAUGCGGCAUCUCCACAUAUCGUCGCUGUCCAUUUUUGUAGAUUUUUAGUUUACUACAUGAUUUGAAUGGACAAAAUGUCCCUUACACUGUGCCAAAAUUUCUUGAUGAACAGACCAAUAGAAACUCUCCAAAAUGACCUGAAAUAAACCCUUUUUACAUUGACUUACAUUGAAAGUUUACAAGGUUUUUUCUCUCUCCUGUAAAGCUGCUGUUUUGCAGUGUUUUUCAUUGGACAGCGAUGAUAUUCUCCUAAACAGCUGAAAACAUUAAACUUAAACAACGUUUACAACUCCGCCCCCAAAAUGUGCUUGUUUCUGGCUACCCUUUUAAUAGGUAGCACAAGGUUGCAUUGGUAAACUUUAUCUGAACGGGAUUAGUUUCUUAGUUUAUGAAAAAUAUUUCACUCUUCUACUCUUAGUGAUAAAACUCCUACAUCUGGACUGCAAUUGUAAAAACAGGAGGAUCAGUGAGUUCUUAGGCUUUAGUUUUUCUCGGUCACAUGACAUCACAGCGUUCAGUAGCUCCUCCAUUUCCACUCGCUGUUGUGUUUUUAACAUGGAUCUUCGUGGAAACCGUGGCGCGCCCAAAGUGUAAUUACGGUGCGCGGCAGUGGACAAAUAUCUAUUUUAUUAAACGUGAGGAGACGAAACUCAGUAGAUAAUUCAGCCUAUUUUAAAAUAACUAAGUUAUUUUAUGUGCCUUCAGGAACAAAAAUAUGUAUGUCUAAAACAAAGUAAAUUUUUUGAAUGCAAUGUAGUAAUGUACAUUUUAUAUACCGUAAUGCUAUAGAAAAAUUGAAAGGACUUGGUUAAAUGUUAAAUAUAUCACCGUUAUUGUUAUGUAAUGUCACCAUAUUUCACAGUCUAAUAUGGAAUUAAUAGAAUAUUUUGUAAUAUAUUUUAGUACAUUAGUUUUAUUGUAAAUGUAAAUCAUUUGACCAAAGUUUAAACAUGGUCAAAAAGGAAAAACUGCCAAAAUUUAAGAAAAGCAAUAAACUGUAGCUGUUUUUAAAGAACUUUUAAGAGUUUAUGAGAGUUUUAAAGUUUUCAGAGACCAAAGACUUUGUGUUCAGACAUGUUUACACAUUCCACUGUCUAUCUGUUGCAUGACUGAGUGUGUGUGUGUGUGUGUGUGUGUGUGUGUGUGUGUGUUAGAGUAGGUAUGUGUGUAUAUGUGUAUAUUUUAAAGUUACAUAUUUCACAUUCCUUCCCUGUUUAUGUGAAUGCAUCGUGUUUUCUAAAUCUGAGAAUCACUGGAAAUACUGUAUGAUAUUAAAUUUCUAUUGAGAAUAAAAAUUGACUUUUAAACUUC